GAGAGAGAGAGAGAGAGAGAGAGAGAGAGAGAGAGAGCGAGCGAGCGAGCAAGAGAUUGGAGAAGCAGCCAGUCGCUCGUCCCUCACUCCAGGCUCUAAGUUUAUAGGCAGCCAGGCAGAUUUUCUUGGCUUCGACACAGCGCUCAUGACAGGAUUAGGAGCCGGGGACGCGGGACCAACCAGAGAUCUGCAGGUCCUAGUGGACAAGCCUGGGCCAGAUUCUCUCCCUGCACAGCUGUGACCGGCCUCCCGUGUCCCGUCACACCAGUCAUCCGACAACAGUCUUCCAAGGUUGACCUGAUUACAGAGAGGCCUCCCUUCCUCUCCUCUCCUCUCCCAUCAUGCGUCUCCUCACCACCCUCCUCCUCUUACUGCUCCUCCGGUCAGCUGAGCCCCGGAGAGGCCCUCGGUCGGGGGCUUUGGAGAGGGGCGCUGGGGGCCGUGUACGGGGCAGAGGCAGGGCCGGAGUGAUGAGACGUCAAACUCAGGAGUGUAAGGAAUACAUGGAGGCGGGAGAGAAGUACCUGGACUGCCAGGACAGGCAGCUGACCACCGUGAUGCAGGACUGGCCCAAAGAUAUUCACCACCUGCUGCUGGCAAGAAAUAAGAUCCAGGUUCUGAGGGACAACAUGUUCUCCCAGUUCACCCAGCUAAAGAGCCUGGACCUCCAGCAGAACGACAUCUCCAUGGUGGAGAACGGAGCAUUCAGCGGCCUCUCCCAGCUCACCACCCUGCUCCUCCAGCACAACAGAUUGAAAACAGCCACCGAGGAGGUCCUGCUCCCUAUGCCCCGCCUCACCUACCUCCGUCUCUAUGACAACCCCUGGAGCUGCCACUGCCAAUUGGACAGCCUGAUCAGGACCCUGCAGGUGCCUAGCAACCGCAACCUGGGCAACUACGGCAAGUGCGCAGAGCCCCAGUCGCUGAGGGGCCAGAAGCUAAGGAAGCUGAAUGUGGACUUGUUGUGUGCGGGUGACAACCAGGUGGACAGGAGGCCGGGGGGGGACCGAGGUGGGGGGCCACCUCCACCCAUCAAGAAGCCAGAGGCCACGUCCAUGUGCCACACCUACAUGUUCCCAAAACCUCUGCUGGACUGCAGCAGUAAAGAUUUGAAUAACAUCCCGUCAGACCUGCCGUCUGACAUAGUCAAGAUGGAUCUGUCCAGUAACACCAUCAAACAUCUCAGGCCCAAACAGUUCCUGCUGUCCAAAGACCUCAAGCUGCUCAACCUUAGUGGCAACAACCUGCAACAUAUAGAUACAGCUGCAUUCGCAGGCCUGCUGUACCUCCGUGAGCUCGACCUGUCCAACAACAGUCUCCACUACUUCCAGUAUGGUGUACUAGAGGACCUCUACUUCCUACGGAAGCUCUCGCUGGAGAACAACCCCUGGAUCUGCGACUACAACAUUCACUACCUGAUCUACUGGCUCAAGCACCACCCCGGCGUCUACUACACUGGCCUGAUCUGCUCCGAGCCACAGGAGUUCAUGGGCUGGCGCGUUGAGGAUUACGUCAAGACCUACAACGGGGAAUGUCCCAAGGAUAAACAAACUGGAGGAAUGGAUACGGGACAGGGAGGACAAGGGGGGACAGAAAAUGAGGCACAAGAGGUGAUGGGGGAGACGGUUGUUGGGCAGGGUGGGCGUCUACCACAGCACCUGAAAGAGAAAAAGAAGCCCAACAAGUUUGAGAUCAUCAGGCUGAGUUAGAAAGGUGGUGGAUCGGUGGACAGGUGUGGUUUAGUGUGGAGGUCAAAGGAGUGUUGGAUUAAAAUGGAGGUCUGUGGACAGGCUGAAGAAUGGAUUCAUAACAGUAGACUCAGUGAUCUGAUGUUUAAAUAAAAGCUGAUGUGUAAAAGUACAAUUUGGGGAAAAAAGAUCUAUUGCCCUUUUAGUAAUCAAACAAAAAGCUAAUUUUAGGACAUUAACAUUUUCUUAAUGUAAUAUUGCUAAGUUUACCUUUAAACUAAAGUUUAGGAUUUGCCAUGUGAGCUUUUGUUUUAUCUUUUCUACAGAGCAUUCCCAGUCCAGUCCGUAUCAGAUCUAAUAACCCCAACAACAAAAAACGUCUCUUUGAAUUUGCCACACAAUGAACUGCAGGUGCUCUCUUAUUUCUUUUACAGUCAUUUUGAUUGAGUUCAGGAUAUACUUUUUUUUCCUUUCAAAAAAGUAGUUUGUGGUCUUUUUUGUAUGAGUUAAUGUAUGACAUUGUCUAUCUGUUUUCUGGAAAUAAAAUUGGGUUUAUUUUUUCUGAGAA